UGCGCAGCUUCCUGUGCGCCGCGCGGGUUUUGGGGGUUGGGUCUGCGGUCCCGGCUUUGGGGUCUGGGGUUCCCGGCCCUUCGGCGCCAUGGUGCUGUUCCCGGUGAUCGGAAAGCUGCAGCAGAAGCGCGUGGUGCUGGCCAGCGCGUCCCCGCGCCGCCAGGAGAUCCUCAGCAACGCGGGCCUCAGGUUCGAGGUGGUCCCUUCCCGGUUUAAGGAGACGCUCAGCAAAGCCUCCUUCCCCAGCCCCUACGCCUACGCCAUGGAGACGGCCAAGCAGAAAGCCCUGGAGGUCGCCAACCGCGUGCAGCAGAAAGACCUCCGGGCACCUGACGUGGUCAUCGGAGCCGACACAAUUGUGACUUCUGUAGGGGCUGAUUCUGGAAAGCCGGUGGACAAGCACCAUGCCUAUUGCAUGCUUUCCAGAUUGAGUGGGAAGGAGCACAGUGUGUUCACGGGCGUAGCCAUUGUGCACUGCAGCACGAAAGAUGGCCGUCUGGACACGGAGGUGUCCGAGUUCUAUGAAGAAACGAGAGUGAAGUCCGAGCUGUCGGAGGAGUUGCUGUGGGAUUACAUUGACAGUGGGAGCCCAUGUGAGGACAAGGCCGGCGGGUAUGGCAUCCAGGCCCUGGGAAUGCUGGUGGAAUAUGUGUACGGGGACUUCCUCAAUGUCGUGGGCUUCCCCCUGAACCACUUCUGCAAGAAGCUGGCCGAGCUGUACUGCCCACUCCACGCCCAGGACCUCCACCGGGUCAAGCACGACUCCAUCCCAUGCGUGGACACCUUCGAAGACCUGAGCGUGGAGGGUGGCUCUGAACCCACUCGGAGGGACACAGUGGGAGGACAGGACAAGACCCGCCUGAGUUACCAUCACAAGGAGGUGACGAAUGCGUGUCACAAGGUGGAGGUGACCCACAGCCUUGGGACGCCAAGGACGGUGGUUGUGAUGGACAGUGAACACUCCACUCCGUCCCCAGCGGGCCUUCUGGGCCUGAUAGACGGCUUCAAAGCAUCCAAGGCCCUGUUUGCCGCGUGCAAGCUGAAUGUGUUUGACUUACUGAGAGGUAUGGCGCCCCAGCAUGCCACCAAGGUGGCCCAGGUGGACGCCUCCGUGUGUGGCACCAGAAGGCUGCUGGAUGCGUGUGUGGCCCUGGGCUUGCUGGAGAAGACGGAGCGAGGUUACAGCAACACCGAGCUGGCCAGUGUGUACCUGGUGUCGGACAGUGUCUCCUGCACGGCGUACAUCACGCACACCAAUGAUUACACCUGGGAUCUCUUCACCCACCUGGAGGUUGCCAUCCGAGAGGCCCAGAGCAGGUCCACGGGCUGUGGGUCGGAAGGCCCCGCCUCUUUACAGGCUCCACCCCCCUCAAAUAGCCUAUUCCACUGUGCAUCCAUCAAUAUUCCCUUCGUGGUCACGCCCCCCGACUCAUGCGACCAGAGCAAGGCACCAACCCUGCAGGUCCUCAGAGCCAGGCACAACCUCACCAAGCUGACCUCACACCAAGUGGCCACGGCCUUUGACUUGUCCAGAUUCACCUGUGCCUGCCAUCUGGGAGGUUCCACAGGUGCCCUGGCCCAGGAGCUGGUCCGGGUGUACCCGAGGAUGAAGGUGACGGUGUUUGACCUCCUGGAGGUCAUCGAGCAAGUCCCCUGUUGUCAGCCCCACAGAGGACAAGGGGAAGGAGGGGGAGGAGGAGGAAGAGGAAUGGCGCCAGUCAGCUUUCUCUUGGUAAACACUCCUUUGCCUUGCUUUAUUCGGGGUCAAGUUGAGCCACACCCCAGCGAAUUUCACUCAGAUUAUUUUGGAAAUGGGGGGGUCUCGCUUUUUGACCUGUGCAGGCCUGGACCAUGUGACAUCUUCCACGACGCCCUCCCAAAGCCGACCUCUACGUUCCUGUCCACAGUCCCACCUGAGUGGCCAGAGGACAAAGUCCUGAGAUUACUGAGGAGGGUGGCGGAUGCCUGCAAGACAGGAGCUGGCUUCUUGCUGGCAGAACCGGUCUUGGACAAGGACAGGACAGCGCCCUCUGGUGGCCUGACGUAUUUCCUCGACCUCCUGGUGCAGCCUGGGGUCAGAGAGCCCAGCCAGGACCAGGCCAGAUGCUGGCUGGAGCAGCUGGGAUUCCAGGACGUACAGGUGGCCUCCGCCGGGGACCUCCUGGAAGUGGCCCUGGGCACCCGAGUCAGCCUAUGAGACCCAGUGGACUCCCCAUCGGGGGGACCCUGUCCCUGAAUCUGCGGUGCUGACCUUUAGGACAAGUUUCAUCCGGAGUGACAUUUGAAUGUACAGUUAUAAAACAAUAAAGAAUGGACUCUGCUCUGAGCUGGGGCAAUGUGCAGAACAGCCUCAGAUGGUCGGAGAGGGAGGGUGGUGUCCAUCCGUGGCUGAGGGUUCAUCCCCCAGUCGCCGCGCAGAUUGGGGGCCGGUGUGAGGAGGUCCCAGGCUUUUUGCUUUGUUUUGGAACAUGGUCUCACUAUGUUCCCCAGGCUGGCCUUGAACUUAGGAUCCUGCUGCCUCAUUCUCCCGACUGCUGGGAUUACAGGUGUGCACUGCUGCGC